AUGUCAGUGGAAGCUAUAGUGGCUGCUGCUGCUGCUCCUGGUGAUGAUGACACCGGUGUUGACACGUGCUUUCAGUUGCUGUCUUUAGCAACUGAUGGCCGGCGGAAGCAGAAGUGGGCUGUGGAUCCAAGAAACACUGCCUGGAGCAAUGAUGAUUCCAAAUUUGGCCAGAGGAUGCUAGAGAAGAUGGGGUGGUCUAAAGGAAAGGGUUUAGGGGCUCAGGAGCAAGGAGCCACAGAUCAUAUUAAAGUUCAAGUUAAAAAUAACCACCUGGGACUUGGAGCUACAAUCAAUAAUGAAGAUAACUGGAUUGCUCAUCAGGAUGAUUUUAACCAGCUUCUGGCUGAACUGAACACUUGUCAUGGGCAAGAAACAGCAGACUCUUCAGACAACAAAGAAAAGAAAACUUUCAGCCUUGAAGAAAAGUCCAAGAUCUCAAAAAACCGUGUUCAUUACAUGAAAUUCACAAAAGGGAAGGAUCUAUCAUCUCGGAGCAAAACAGACCUUGACUGCAUUUUUGGAAAAAGACAGAGUAAGAAGACUCCUGAGGAUGAUUCCAGCCCUGCCACUCCAGAUGGGAAUGCACCCUCCACUACGACGACCAGUGCCUUCACCAUCCAGGAGUACUUUGCCAAGCGGAUGGCGGAGCUAAAGAACAAGCCACAGGUCACAGCUGCAGGACCUGACCUCAUUGAGACCCAGAUGGAAAGGAAAAGGGGAAAGAAAAGAAAGAAGGAGGCAAAAGAUAAAAACGUGGAGAAUUACACCGAACCCAAGACCAAGAAGAAGAGAGACCAAGUUGAUUGGCAGCUCAGAGACCCUUGUUGGGACGAGAAUUCUGGUGUUUCUCCUGAGGAUGGAGAGGAUUGUCCUGUGGGCCAGGACAUUGCCCCAAAGCCCAAAAACAGGAAGCAGAAGAAAAAGCUACUAAAGCAAGUUGAGAGAGCAGUGGAUGCUACAUUAGAUGAAAUGCCAGUGAAAAAGAAGAAGAAAGGUCCCAAAUAAAUUCUCUGGAGCCAGGGCCUUCCAGCCACUCAGAUGUCAGGGUGCGGUGAGCAAACACCUUUGGCCUGAAGUCAAAGCAGAGUUCACCCAAGGGAGCUUUGACAUGCCCAGGGGUUGCUGAGUCUCGCCCUCUCACCAGGUUUCCCCAGCGUAUUCCCAGAGAACUUUCUAAUGUUCCAAAUCAUGGCUCUCAUAAACAAAUAAAUUUUCUUUUUAGACCAUGA